CCAGUUCUUGGCGAUGUCUUCCUGUAAGGUCCCCUUUCAGUUUCUUCACUUUUCUCGUAUCCAUAGUGUCAAUCAUUGGUUUCUCUACCACAUGCCAUAGAACUCCUGCUGCUAUCUGCUAUCUGCCGUUGCUUUUUUGCUUGCUUGCUUGCCUACUCACACACACCACUAUAGUCAAUCACUUCAACAUCAAGCGUCAAGCGCAUACUCUGAGUCGUACCAGCACCGAUCAAUCUUGGAAUCCCUUUCGUCACGUCGAGUGGAAACGUCAAACACGCGCCCUUUCUGACGCCGGCCGCCUGGAACAACAAAGCACACGAGAAGAGACAGCUGGCGAGACCUUGGCACACGCUGUCACCGAACCUGGUCGAAGCGGACCAGCCAGAGAGUGGUCGACGGCAGAGACGAUGACAGAUAUGAGGAGAAGCAAGGAAGGCGAAUAUGACCGAGAGAAGGCGGUUGGAGGUUCACCAAUUGAGGGGAACGACGAUAUCCCCGUCUCACAGCGCUCGCUCGUCAGUGACGAAAAUCAAUUACGAAACAGAAAACGCGAGGAUGUUCCAGCUGUAGCAGAUCACAAUAUCGAUUUGGAAAAGCGAAAACUUAAGAAACGAGAGUCUACAAAGAUAUUCCGCAAGGUCGAGCCCAAGGAGCCGUUCACCGUCCGAAACCAACUUCAGAGAACCUUUCUCAACUCAUAUAUCAACAUCCUUCUCAUUGCUGCCCCAGUUGGUAUCGCUCUCAACUACAUCCAUAGCGUUAACCGGAUCGCCGUCUUCGUGGUAAAUUUUAUCGCAAUUAUACCCUUAGCCGCUAUUCUCAGUUUCGCUACGGAGGAGAUCGCCCUACGAACGGGUGAAGUCUUGGGUGGUCUGAUCAAUGCGACUUUUGGAAAUGCCGUCGAACUCAUCGUGGCUAUCCUGGCUCUUGUCGAUGGAAAAGUCAUUAUCGUUCAAACCUCUCUGGUGGGCUCAAUCCUGAGCAACCUUCUACUGGUGCUGGGCUUCUGUUUCUUUUUCGGUGGUUUGCGACGCGAGAGUCAAUAUUUUAACGAAACUGUCGCCCAAACCGCCGCUAGCAUGCUCGCUCUUGCCGUCGCCUCCGUCAUUGUGCCAACAGUUUUCGACCAAGCGAAGGAUACACCGCCCGCUAACGUAGCCCGACUCUCAAGAGGCACAGCAGUGAUUCUUCUCAUCGUUUAUGCCGCCUAUCUCCUCUUCCAGCUCAAGACUCACCAGAGUACAUUCGCCAAGGAAAGCCAGAAGGUCGCCGCAAAGCCUUGGUCCCGUGGAAGUGCCGGAGCCGGCGAUAUCCGACAAGGCAUCAUGGUUCCUGGUGCUCUCGUUGGCGGUGGCAUGACAGGACGCGAAGAGAAUGAGCGUUUGUCUGAGAUGCUUAUGAACCCUCACAGACUUCCAAAGGCCGAAGAGGAUGAAGAUGAGGAGGAAGAGCCUCAGUUGCACUUCUGGGUCGCCAUCGCUACGCUGACAAUCGCCACCGUCCUGAUCGCUCUCUGUGCUGAGUUCAUGGUUGAUUCCAUCGAUGCUGUUACUAAAACUGGAGGUGUAUCAGAGGAAUUCGUCGGACUGAUCCUGUUGCCUAUCGUGGGUAACGCGGCCGAGCACGCCACGGCUGUGACUGUUGCGAUCAAGGAUAAAAUGGAUUUGGCCAUCGGUGUGGCCGUUGGAAGUUCUAUGCAGGUUGCUCUCUUCUUGAUUCCCUUGUUGGUUAUUAUCGGCUGGGGAAUGGGUAACGAUGAUAUGAACCUGAGUUUCGACUUGUUCCAAGUUGCAACCAUGUUCGUGGCUGUUUUGCUUGUCAACUACUUGAUUGCAGACGGUAAAAGUCACUGGCUGGAGGGUUGGCUUCUCAUUUGCCUUUAUUCCAUCAUUGCAGUUUGCUCAUGGUGGUACCCAACACACUCAGACGAGUAGUCAUUCUCUUUUCCAACUCUGUACAUUUUUAUUUUUUUUGCGGGCUCUCUCCUUGUUUAGACUUCCAUUUUGGGUUAGAUGCGGCUACCCGUUUCCGCCCCCAACGAUUCUGCAUACUGUCCUGCAGUAUUUCUCCAUCAAGCAGGUAUUUGGACAAAGUCUAUUUGAACCUCGCAGUAUAUACUCAACGGAGGCACCUGCGAUCUUUGUGGGGUGGUGGUGCAAAGGCAAAGAAACAAGCGCGAAAAGCGAUAGGCGUCGGAGGUUCGGUUUGCACUUCAGCUAGGAUAGGACAUCGUUAGUUAAAGCGUGAUUUAUAAGGCUUUUAAUGCCAUUUAGAUUUCUGGCAAAUGAGAAAAACAAAGUGAAAACCA